UUCUGCUUGAGUCCCUCAACAAGGACGAGCAGGCAGCCAAUGGCCAGUCCCAGUCCAGGGAGUCCACAAACCCGCAGUUCAAGAAGGUGAACGGAGACUUCCCCAUGACCAACGGAGAGGCUGGCGGGGAGGCCCUGAAGGGCUACACUCAGUCCCAGGUGGAUGCAGUGAAGAGGGUAAAGCAGUGCAAAGAUUACUAUGAAGUUCUGGGAGUAACCAAAGACGCUUCUGAUGAGGACCUGAAAAAGGCUUACCGGAAGCUUGCGCUGAAGUUUCACCCGGAUAAGAACCACGCACCAGGGGCUGCCGACGCGUUUAAAGCCAUUGGCAACGCGUACACCGUAUUGAGCAACGUGGAGAAGAGGAAGCAAUACGACCAGUUUGGAGACGAGAAACUCAACCCUGCUCGGCACGGACACGGUCACUCGGACUUCCACCGCGGGUUUGAGGCAGACAUCUGCCCCGAGGACCUCUUCAACAUGUUUUUUGGUGGUGGUUUUCCUUCUAGUAACGUUCACGUGUACAGCAAUGGCAGGAUGCGAUACACCUACCAUCAGAGGCAGGACAGACGGGAACAUCAGGGUGAUGGUGGCCUUGGGUUGUUUGUCCAGCUGAUGCCUAUCCUCAUCCUGAUCAUUGUGUCUGCUCUCAGCCAGAUGAUGGUCUCCAGCCCACCCUACAGUCUGAGCAAGAGGCCGUCUGUGGGUCACGUACACAGCAGAGUGACGGAGCACUUGAAAGUCGUCUACUACGUGUCCGAGAACUUCGCAGAGGAAUACACGGGCACAAACCUGAAAAAUGUGGAGAGGAGCGUGGAAGACGACUAUAUCGCAAACCUUCGAAAUAACUGCUGGAAAGAGAAGCAGCAGAAGGAAGGCUUGUUGUACCGGGCACGCUACUUCGGAGACUCGGAUCUGUACCAGCGCGCACAGAAGAUGGGCACUCCCAGCUGUAGCAGACUGUCAGACGUUCAGGCCUCUCUGCACGGAUAGUCACCGCCUGCCCGCUCAGCGGAGGUCUAA